AUAGGAUUAUUUUAUUUUGCCACAUCACACUUGCUUCAAUGAUACAAGAUAAAUAUUGGGCUAUUCGUAUGGGCUCAAAAUAAUUUAAUAUAUUGCCCAUUCCAAUUCCAAGCACACUUCUCCCAUUCGUAUGGGCUUAAAAUAAUUUGGAAGGAUGAUUUGUUGUUUGGUCCGAUUGAAGUAGGUUUGAUUUGAUUAUGAGAAUUGUAAUAGUUUGGGCUCGGCUUCCAUAUAUGGUUUUGAUGAUAAGAAAAGUAAUAAGGUGUAUAUGAUUUAAGUUGGGUCUGGACCUCCGUAUAUGGUGUGAUUUGUUAGUGAUAAUAAAACGUUGUGUUUUUGUUUCAGUCGACUAGGGCAUCAUCGUUUACUUCUUGAACUCGCCGCUUUUGUGUUUUCUUAAACCAUUUCAUCUCUUUGCAUUCCCUCAAGUUCAACAUAUUCUUUAAAUUCGAGAAUUAUUGAUGUGUUAAUUACAUUAAACACUGUAACGUUUUGGGAAUCUUCGGUUCUUGGUUUCCUUUUUAUAUAAAUAGGAGAUGGAUGAGACUGACGAACGUUCGAAAUCGCUGUCCUAUUAAAUUUCUUCCUUCAGCUUCAAAAAUAACUCACAAAGAUGUCUUCCUGCGAUGCCGCCGUUGUUGCCCCAACAUCGUUCGAUACUCUCCGUCUGGGUAGAUCUGCUCAGGUCACCGUGGCUCCCCUUCUCCGUUUUUGGGACUCCAGAAACAUCAAGGAACAAGGUGAAUUCAUGGGAAUCACCUUGCUUUUCCUUGAUGAGCAGAAUUCUGUGAUCCAUGAAUUUAUUCAUACCGCUCGCUUGACUCACUACCGUCCAUCUUUACGAAGUGGUUCCAUCGUCAAAGGUUCACGCUUUGAAGUUGCUAGAUGCACUAAUAUGUACAAGAUUACUGACAAUCCAUUUGUGAUAUUGUUGGAAUGAUUCGUUCCGUCCAAGGUUCCGAUCUUAAGGAUGCUGGAGUGAUGACUCGAGUUGUGGUCGGCUUCGCCAUCGAACCGUAAGCUAACAAAAUCAUAUUUUAAAUCACUUUUGAACAUGGUAUCGUCAUAGAAAUCAUUACUUUAUGAGAACAUUGUGGUGUAUCUGUCCUUAUGGGACGAAGCUGCGGCAAUGUUUUAUAAACAGCUCAAUGGAGAUCUACUUAUCUUUAUGGGAUGAACCUGCAGUCAAGUUUAGGGAUCUUCUUAAAUCAGGGGAUAGAACUAACUCUGUCAUUUUGGUCACAACUGUGAUCCCAUUAAAAAUUUAAUGGAGGUACGUUAAAUAGUAAACAUAAGUUUAUACCAAUAUUUUACCAGGUACUCUUCAUUCUACAGGCACCAUGUUUGUCAAAUCAUCUCCAGCUACCAAUUCUUUUUGGGACCCCAAUCUCCCACCCAUCACAGAGUUCACAGCUAGCUUAAAAGAUGCCAGGGGGAAGAGUUCCCCUGUUUCCAGACUUUAAACACCAAUGCAGCUCCAUUGUUUAAGAAAGACACUGGUCAAGCAUCUGUUUCUCCCAACACCGAAAUUGAAGGUCAAGAGGAUGACACAAUAACAAGCGUUAAGGACAAAGAGGUUCGCCAAAUACGCACCCGUGAGUGAAGUUACGAAGAAACCACAUAGUCAACCCAACUGUCUCUGUUUCUUUUCAUUUUUUUUUUCAUUCCUAUACAUUUCCUAUGACGCACUUUGCAGUAUUUUCCAUACUUUCAGCUUUUUUAAAUAACAAAUUUACGGACAAGUAUCUUUCGGAGAACAACUGUUACUAUUAAUUGAUAUUGGAAAAAUGUUAACGUU